GGGACUCCAUGCACACACACAGCUCACACAUUCAGCCUCACAGCUUACACAUACACACCCAUACACACAUCGGCAGCAGCAGAGAGCGCGCGGGACUGUGGUUAAUAAGUGUGCAUGUUUUGUUUGGCGUUUUUUUAAGCUUGAUUUUUGUUUGCUUUAUUUGUUAUUUGUCUGUCUCUCGCGGCGCGCGGGUGGCUGUGUGGCCGCUCGCGCGCUCCAGCCCGCCGCCUGGCCGCGCACGAGAGUCCAGUUCGGCUUUUCCGCGAAGCUCCAAAAAUCUAUCAAACGCGUUUGCAUGUUCGCCUCGCCGAGCGGGGCUGUAGAGGUGGGAGCGCGAGCAGCGAGAAGCUCGAGAGGAGAAACCCGCACGCUCAGCCGCCGCGGAGGAAAAACACAUACACUCACUCACUCUCUCACACACUCACACUCACGCGCAUACACACACACACACGCCACUACACUACACUACACACACAGACAGAGACACACACAUAUACAAAAGUACUCCUCGUUCGCGCUGCCUCAUCACGCUCUUUUCUCGCUCGCGCGUCUCGCCUCGAGGGAUCCUCUCUCUCUUUCUCUCCCUCUCUCUCUCUUUCUCUCUCUCUCUCACGCUCACUCGCUUUCUGGACGCCGCUCGGCUCGGACACACACUCCAGCGCUCCGGCCUGUCUCGUUUACAGGUUGCCAGAACGAAGAUGUGGAUGAGUCCUGAAGUCUAGAGCCAGGUCAAGGGCGCCGGAGUCCUGCCUGCCAUUGGCUGGCCGGUCUGUGGGUCGGAGAGGUGGCUCCACCCUCACCUGGUAACUGAGUAAACUCGGAGUGCUGCCUGGCUCCUCUCCCUGCCAAUCCCCCAUCCCCUCCCCAACCCCGCCCCCCUUACCCACGCACACACCCCGGGGCUGGACCAUGUCUGGUGGACGGCCAGAGGGCAGCCGGACACCCGAGGCCCAGGAUAAGGACAAGGAGCGGGACCAGCGCAGCUGCAGGGAGGAUAGCCCUGUCAUCGAGCGGCGCAACCGCAGCGGCAUCAUCAGCGAGCCGCUCAGCAAAAGUCUGAAAAGGUCUCGCACACUUUCACAGUACAUUGCCGCUUGCCCGCAGACCGCCAACGGACUGAGCCACAACGGGCAGACCAAAAACAACCAGGCCACCAAGGCCCAGACUGGCCAACAGCAGCAGCAACAACAGCAACAGCAGCAGCCGUCCACGGCUUCGGCACUGGUGCCGGCAAAACUUGACCGGACCCUGGAGCAGGUGCUCGAGGGACAAAACGGCCUGCUCCACUUUGCCCAGGCCGCCGCGCUGCUGAAGCGGGCAGGCAUGGAGCACAUGCUGUUGCCAGGGGGAAUGGGUGUGGGAGUGGGAGGUGUUGGGGCAGAUGCAGGGGCAGGUGACCUUGAGGGUGUGUCGGUGGCCGACGCCGUGGGAGGCCACACAGACUUCCCGUACGGUGUAGGUGGUGGCUUCCCCUUCAACCCAGGCCUCUUCAUCAUGACACCGGCCGGAGUGUUCCUGGCCGAUAGCGCGCUGCACAUGGCUGGGCUGGCUGAGUACCCGGUGCAGAGCGAGCUGGCCUCUGCCAUUAGCUCCGGGAAGAAGAAGAGGAAACGCUGCGGCAUGUGCCCGCCCUGUCGGCGCAGGAUUAACUGCGAGCAGUGCAGCAGCUGCCGCAACCGCAAGACGGGUCACCAGAUCUGCAAGUUCCGCAAAUGUGAGGAACUCAAGAAGAAACCCUCUGCGGCACUGGAGGUGAUGCUGCCGACGGGCGCGGCGUUCCGGUGGUUCCAGUAGGACCCCGACCUUCGACCUCCACCCAAAGCUCUGCCGUCAAGUGCAAUGCCAACUCUCGCUCGGACCGCCUCCAGCACCAACACUGGCUAGCAAACAUACCACAACCACAACAACAACAGCAACAACAACAACAACAACAAAAAAAGAGGCAACAACCACCAGAAACUCCAUGAAAAACAUACAGAACAAAGCAGAAACGCUACAAAAGUAAUCAAUCAAGUAAUGGAUGCACCUACUUAUUCCUUGAACCAAAAAUUAAACAUAAAGAAGAAGAAAUCUAUGGCAACUUUCAUUCCCUUUUAUAUGUUUCCAUUUUGGUACCUUUUUGUCCUUUUUCCAGCAGGUUUUUUCUCUCGCUUAGACAUGGAACAGUUCAUUGCCAAACAGAAAUGACAGACUGAGUGUGGACAAUCAACAAAAUUUCUGUGUUUGGUGUUAAUGUCGUUCAUGUGUGGAAAGAUACAGUACUUGUGUAGAGAAUGUAAAUUUUACGGCUAUAUUUUAAAACUAGUGGCUCAUGGCAAGCACUAUUGUAAUUUAGCACCGUUGUUCUUACUUAAACCUCUGUAUUUUAUUGAUUGUUUCCUUUUUUUUUAGUUUGAUUUUAAAUUUAUAGUUUGGAAGACUGAUCAAUGUUUGUCAUUUUAAGAGAAGAGGAACUAUUUCGAGAUGUAAAAAUCCAGUUUUUGAAUGAAAUGAAAGAACAAAUUAUACGUUGAGAGCCCCACUCCCAGUGUAUAGUUGGGAUAGACGAGGACUGAUGUUUAUGUGGGGUUGCUACUACUGGAAACUCCUUUACCGCCAAACCAUCCAUGUCUCCUAGCCUUCUAGUCUGCGUUGUUUAUAUUUUGUUCGACUGGCAGCCUUACGUUUUUUUUGUUACGACGUCCCCAAAGCGCAGGAUUUACAGAGUUAUCCUCCUGAGCACUUGGAGACAGCACUUGCUCCACUCAAUUUAAACGCACUGAAAAUGUUUUUUUUUUUUGUUUUUUUUCCUAAUGCUUAUUUUUCAUGACAUUGCCAGUAGCUACAUCUUUUAAAAACGAACAGCAAUGUUUGUACUGGAUUAGAAAUAUGGGCUGGUUUUGUGAAUAAAAACAAAUGCAUGUAUUUGUGUCAAGAAUUUACAGCUCUGACGUCUGUCUACUUGUCUACUUGCAUGUUUUUUAAGAAACAGCGACAAACUUAAAAAACAAAACAAAAAAAAAAACGACAGUAUGGAAAUGUUCAUAAAUCUUAUAGGUUGUUUCCUUUUCAAUAAGGUAAAAUAAAAAGCGAUUGGACAAGAAAUAUAAUUUUGAAA